CGGCACGAACAGAAAAAACGUUCGAAAGCGAUCGAUCGAGCAAUCGAUCGGACGCUGGGAGCAGGUUUUCUGGCCCUCCAUGUUUAGCGAUUGGCGAUCUGAUCCGAUCGGUCCGUGUGCCGUUUUGCGCGUGGCGCAGCUGGGCUCAAAGUGCAAGUCCCCGAGUCAGCCAGUUGGCUCCAGUUAUUCACGGCUGAAAGUCCUUGGGGCGCAAGUGCUCCCGAACGUGACUUGGAAACCGCUUCCGGGCUUUCGAUCUGCUCAGUUUCGAAAAUAUUCUUGUUCGCCAAGCAUCUGAGGCUCCCUGUGGAUCAGUGAGUGCGGGAAACGGCGAUGCAAUAAAUUUUAUUCCAUAAAUUAAAAGUGAAAUCUCCUCCGCUUUACGGCUAGUCCACUAACCGAAGCCGAACCGAUCGAUCGAUGGCCGCGAACGUUGACUGAACCGAUCGCAACGAAGUGCAAAAAUAUAGAGUGAGGCUCGGAAAAGUGGCCACGGAUGAACUUCACAGCGCGUGAGUGAAACCCAACUGUGCAAGUGACCAACAGCAAGCAACUCACACGUUCGGCCGAGGGUUUUUCCAGUGACUUUUCUCACUCUUGGCGGGUCUGUGGCGGAGCGUCCGAAAAAAGCGUGCUACGGUCCGCGUACGGUCCACAAUCCAUUUCGCGACGCCAAGAAAACGGUGGGACGAGAAAAAACAGAAGGAAAAGAAGCCAAAACCCCGCAAAUUGGUAAUUCACCGCUCUGUGUGUCUUCGUUCGGUAACCUUCGAGCCACCGGUGACGAUUGACGAUGGCCUUUUUCAAGAGCAUUUGGAAAAAUGGCUCCAAGCACAAGAAGCUGUGCGAGGAGCUUGCGCUAGCGAACAGCAUCCGUGAUUUCUCCGAAAACCACGAGGAACCGGACGAUGGUUCGGACGAAGCCAUCAGCUUUGGGGUGAAAUAUCUGGGCAGUACAGCCGUACCGACACCGCGCUCCGAGAACGCCACAUCCGAAGCGGUCAAGUCCAUCAUCUCGGCGGCCAAAGGCAACAAGAAGCUACCCGUUUCACUGUCCAUCUCACCGAAGGGCAUCGAAAUGACGGACAGCGCUACGGGCGAAAAUCUGCUGCAGGUGUCGAUCUAUCAGAUUUCCUACUGUUCCGCGGACGCAAACCACGACCACGUGUUCGCGUUCGUCGGAUGCACACUCGGCACCGAGGCCGAAGUGAAGGAGAUGUGUUUCCGGCGGACGGCGGAAGAGAUCAACUUGGAGGGACCCCUCGUGUGCUACGCGUUCCUCUGUCAGAAGCGCAAAAUGGCGCAAACCGUCACACUGACCGUGGCCCGCAGCUUCGAGCGGGCGUACCAGAUCUGGCAGAACAAGCAGUUCCACGCGGAACGCAAGCGCAAGGAUCUGGAGCAGCGCAUGGAACUGCAGGCUGGUGGUAGCAGUGGCGAAUUGAAGCGAAAGGCUAUCGAAUCGACCGACCCGACGGUAGAGAAGAGUGUCAAGUCCGAUGGGGAUGAAAGUGGUGCCACCGAGUGUCGCAGUUUGCUGAUCGAUUUCAAUUCCGAUCUAACGGAAAUUUGCUCCGACACCACUCACCAUCGGGAGUUGUUGCAGAACACUUGGGUAUCAUUUGAGGAUGAUCAAACACCACAAGAGUUUCUCGCGGUGCCAAAACUAAAUUCCAACGGCUGGAGCGGGAUGGCCAUUUGCUCAAACUGAGCUCAAGCUGCUCUUGCAACGGAAUAGCAUUAGUGCGUUUCGACUAAGCUUCGCGUUGAUCUAUAGAGCAGCUUCCCGGCAAGGUUUCUUUCCAUUGUGUUUUCACAGCCAAUCUGAUGACAGGUUAUCACAUGAGCCAUCAUUUUGCUCCCUUGGACAGUGCGUUGACACCAUUUCCAAGGGUUUACAAGAUAGCGUAAAAUAUUCGAUAAGUAUGUGAUAAAAUGUUUUUCUGAUAAUUUUUAAUAAAGCGAUACGAAAA